AUGAGGGGCAAAUUGACGAGCGUUGGCGAGUUGGGCAUGUCGGAGGAAGCAGAAGAGGAGUCCAACGUGUGGGCCGAGGAGGCACGGAAGCUCCUCGAGAUGCCUGGAGAAAAGCUCCUUCGUCGGCAGUCAGGGUCAUACAAUGAAGGAAGAUCGGUGGGUUUCAACAGGUUCCCAGCAGGGGAGGGAGAAGGAGAAGAAGUCCCGCAGGACGCACAAGAAGGCAAGGUAGAUGAUCUCGAGAGCAGGCGCGUCGGGUCUGCUCGACCAUGGGGAUCCGUUGCCGAGAAGUAUGAUGAGGAUGAUCUCAAGAGGUUCCUCGAUGCUCAUGGUGCAAGCUUGCCGAAGCCAGAGGUGCUCGCUGGGGAUUCCUUCGAGGAGGAGCAAGACGUGGGGAUGGCGGAGAGUGACGGCGAGCUUGAUGGAGCCCUGCAGAGAGGGGAGGAGGAGGAAGAAGGCGUCUACUAUGAGGCGAGCGGGGAUGGGGCGGUGCCCGGGUCAUUGGUCAACAGCUCGUGGGAGUCGUCGGAGAGCCACGAGGUGAGAGGGUCGAGGAGUCUGCGACAGACCGUCCGACAGAAACGAGUGGUGGGCGGUGUGAUCAGCACGUACAAGGACAAGAAGGAGAUGCAGGAAGUGCUGGAGCGACGAGCGGCGCUGUCGUACAUCCAGACGACAAGGGAGGGCGUACAGAGGAAGGAGACGGUGCUGAGGGAGGCAGAGGGCAGGGUGGCGUCGAAGCGGCAGAACAUAGAUGAGAUGAGUAGCAAGAUCAAUCUGAUGCGAGAUGAGAGCUCGAAGCUUGACGCUGAAGAUCAUUUCGGGAACCUCAACAAGAUCAAGAGCAUCCAGAGCAAGAUUCAGUCGUUGGAGCUGAAGCGCGAUGACGAGAUGCGAAGUCUGAAGGAAGAGGAGGACAUAGAGUAUGUGGCAAGAACAGAGUUCAACCGAGCUCAGAUUCAACUCCGGAAGGUGGAGGAGGUGGAGCAGGAUCUGAUCGAGGAGGAAAACUUGCACAAUGACGAGCUCAAGGUCGCGGCAGAGAUGCGAGCAGAGAAAGAGGUUCAAGCCGCGAUGAGGAUGGGUCAACGGAGGGAAGGGAGGAGAAUCGCAGCUGCAGAGCAGCACAUUCGGAACCUUGAGAAGACGAACAAUGCGAUCGAGUACGCCAAGGCAGGAAGAGUCGCAGCGUUGAGGAGGGUGAGGGAGGCGCGGGCCCAACAGGCAGCGGCCGAGCAGCAGUUCGAGGAGAAGAAGGAGCAGGAUCACUUGAAGAGGGCGGAGGCUCUGCUGGAGCUGAAGGGAAAUAUGGAGUCAGCCUUCGAUAAGAUCCGAGGAGCCAACGAGAAGCAGAGGAAGCGCCUGCGCAUGAUCGCAGCAAAGCGAGCAGCUGAGAAGUCCGAAAUCCUCGCUGCCGGUGGAAACCCAUACGCUGUGUGGAGGCAGCAGGAUCACGCGCUGCAGAAGGAGCAGGAGAAGAGGAAGCGAGAGCAGCAAGCGAAGGAGCAGGAGACAAGAUUGCUGAAACAGCUGAUGGAGGAGGAGUCUCGUCGGCUGGAAAAGGAGGCGCAAGAGAGGAAGCACAGGGCUGUCUUGAAGCAGUUUCAAGCGGAGAUGGGAGGGCAGGCAAAGCAGGACCGAGUGAUCGAGUACAUGAGGACGAGGACGGUAGGAAGCGUCGACGUGUUGGACCCCACGGGGCGGGAGGCGAGGAUCUAUCCCUCCAAGGCCACCGUCCUCAUGGACUGGAAGUUCGGCCUUGGGAUCAAGCCUCACCCUAAAGGAGCUCAGCCUGGGGAGGAGGUUCCUCCAGGGUUCCCUCGAGGGUACGAGGAGGGAGAUCCUGCGGCAGUGAAGGAGGAGGGCUGGAGGGUGACGCAGAAGUCGCGGCUCAUUGACAAGGUACAGGAUCUGUACCCCGAGGAAAGUUUCAACGCCACCCUGGUGGGCUCGAGGGCCUUGGACGAUACGGUGAGGGCCAAGACGACCAAGUCCGCGAAGAAGGAGGAGGUGGAGAUGGUGAAGAAGCUGGACCAGACCGGCGGAAAGGCGGAGGAGGAGCAGGAGAUUCAACAAGCCAAGGGCAGCCAAACGGCCGGGCAGGAGGAGGAGAAGAAGGAGGUGUUCGCCGUCCCCGAAUUCCAAGGGAUAUGGGACUCGUCAAAGAGUGUGGCAGUAGACAAGGAGAGGAGGUGGGGGAACGGCCUGUCGAAGCUGGAGCAGGAGUACUUGAAGCAGGCAAUGGAGCGGAAGAAGGAAGGGUACGGGUGGAUCGAGAAGCAGGUGGUCUGGGGGAGAGAGUUCAAGGGGACGGCGUUCGUGCCCUCGGAGAAGGGGCGAGACGUGACGGCGGUGGAGUUUGUCGACUUCGAGCCGGGGAAGACGUACAAGAAGAAGGUCACCCUGACUAACGCGUCGUUCGCGUUCAACACGUUCAAGCUGCUGGAGCUCACGGACUCGGUCAAGGACUUCUUCGUCAUCUCGUACAACCACCCGGGGUCGCUCUCUCCUGGCAUGACGUGUGACCUGCUGAUCCGCUUCGAGCCCAAGAUCAACGAGGACAUCGAAGAGGCCAUCCCCCUCCUCUGCCAGACCGGCCCGCAGGACAUCCCCCUCCGCUGCUACACCAAGAAGGUCAACAUCUCCACCUCCACUCCUGAGAUCGAGCUGGACGCAGUGCUGGGGGAGGUGGUGCACGGGGAGAUCGUGCUGGUAAACAGGGGGGCGCUGUCCUGCCCGGUCAAGAUCCGGCAGCUGCGGGAGCGGCCGAGGGAGGGUUGUCUGGUGGAGGACCUGGCGCGGGCGGAGGAGGAGGAGGGCUACGAGGAGAGGGAGAGCUCGUUGUCGUACGAGGAGGAGGCGAUCGUGGCAGGAUACUCGACGACCAAGAUCCGCAUCACCCUCACUCCCCAGCAGCCGUCGAGCAAGGAGGUCCUGCUGCACCUGUGCUUCCAGAAGAACCUCUCCAAGCCGCAGUCGGACGACAUCGUCGUCUCCGUGCGAGCCAACGUGCAUGACGUGCCGAUCUACGUGGAGGAGGAGAUCAUCGACCUGCGAUGCUGCUGCUUCGACGUCGUCUACUCGCAAGUCCUCCAGGUUCGCAACCGAGGCAAAGUCGCGCUCAAGGCGCUGCCCACGGUCCCUCCCGCCCUCCGCAGCUCGAUUAAGUUCUCUCCGGACAUGGCAUACGUGCAGGCGAGGAGCAGGGAGGGGGUCGACGGGGUGUUCAACUUCCAGAUGAAGUUCGAGCCGACGAGCGCGUUCCUGCAGCUCGCGAGAGAUUUCAUCAUGGAGGGCCCGACGGGCAAGCUGGACGCCUUCGCCAUCCCCCUCACCGUCUCAGUCCCCGACCAGAAGCUGCCCGUCAACUUCGAGCUACGCGUGCAGCUCACGGACGCCGGGGUGCAGCUGGACAAGCAGGAGCUCGACUUCGGGGAGUGCUCUACCUCCGACGCUGUCUCCAUCCCCCUCAGCAUACACAACCCCUCCGAGCUCCCCACCCGAGUCGGAUUCCUCAGCCUUCCCCGCGGGCUCUCCAUCAACCCGGACAUGGGGCUGUGCUCGCUGCUGCCGGGGGAGACAAGGACGCUGCAGGUGGUCUUCGCUCCCUUCACCGACACGGACUUCGACUUGAGGAUCGUCUGCUCGACCUCUGCCAACAAGAAGUACCCCAUCCGUUGCCGGGGGAGGGGCGUCAAGAACCCCCUCAAGCUCAGCUGCUCCAACUUCGUCCUCAGGCCCUGCGCGUACGGCGAUCGGGUCACCGAGUCGCUCUCCCUCGCCAACGUCUCCUCCUCCGAGCAGACGAUCGAGGUUGUCGUCCCCCGGGCCAGCGGGCUCAAGAUCAGCCCCCUCGUCGCGAAGCUCCAGCCCGGCCACUCCAUCCGCGUCCAGCUAGACUUCAGCCCUCCCUUCCCUCCGCCAAAGGUCCUUGAACUGCUCAAGGCUACGAGGAAGGGCAAGCGAGCAGUUGCUGAGGGGGAGGAGCAGGAGGGAGAACAGGAAGGGGAGCAGGAGCAGGAGCAGGAGCAGGAGCAGGAGCAGGAGGAGGAGGGAGGAGAGAGAGAUGCUCCUGAGGGAGAAGAAGGGCAAGAAGGCAAAGCUGCAGAUAAGUCGGAGGAGGAGGCGAACGAGAUGCUGAACGGGCUGAACGAGUCGGAGAGGAGGAUACGUGGAGCGCUGUUGAUCGAUCAGAUGCGAUCGGUAGAGGGAGAGGAGUGGUCCCGGCACGAGACAUGGCAGGUCCGCCCUCGAAACCUUUGA